AUGGGGCAUAACUCCCAACACCCCAACUCAGAAUCUGCCAUCAAGACUAACCAUGAAGUGCUGGCUUCAGUCAUUGGAAGAGGCUUCUCUGCUAUGCUAACACCAGAUCAAGCUGCAAAGCUUGAAGGAAUUUGGCCUGAAUCGAAGAGCUUCAACGGCUACGGAUUAGGACCUGUGCCCGCAAAAUUCAAGGGGGAAUGCUCAGCUGAAGAGAAUUUCACAUUGUCCAACUGCAACAGAAAAAUUGUGGGAGCCAGAUUUUAUUCAACAGGGUUUGAAGCAGAAAAUGGUCCUCUAGAAUCAUUUGGUCUUACAUUUUUCCGAUCUGCACGAGAUAGUGAUGGGCACGGAACCCAUACUGCCUCCACUAUUGCAGGAGCACCAGUUGACAAUGUUAACUUAUUUGGAGUAGGGACAGGCACUGCAAGUGGAGACGUUCUUGCUGCUUUAGACGAUGCUACUAAUGAUGGAGUCGAUAUUAUAUCCAUGUCCCUUGGACCAGAUCCGCCCCCCAACCUAUCUAUUUUGAGAAUGCAAUUUCAAAUGGAAGGCUUCAGUAUACAUCCACAAAACAAGGAGAGCUUUUACGGUUUGAUAGCAGGGAGCAUGGCAUUGGUUCCUGGAGUUACCCCAAAAAAUGCUAGAUUUGCAUUAGUACAUGGAGCCACCCACAAUACAAAGCGUUACAUUGUCUACACGGGGCAUAACUCCCAACACCCCAACUCAGAAUCUGCCAUCAAGACUAACCAUGAGGUGCUGGCUUCAGUCAUUGGAAGCCAUGAUGGAGUACAAGAUGCAGCACUUCACCAUUAUACAAAAACUUUCAGAGGCUUCUCUGCUAUGGAAUUUGGCCUGAAUCGAAGAGCUUCAACGGCUAUGCCUGCAAAAUUCAAGGGCGAAUGCUCAGCUGAAGAGAAUUUCCCAUUGUCCAACUGCAACAGGGACAGUGCUCCACUUGCAAUCUACAAGGCUUGCUGGUUCAAUCUCUGUAGUGAUGCAGACGUUCUUGCUGCUUUAGAUGAUGCUACUAAUGAUGGAGUCGAUAUUAUAUCCAUGUCCCUUGGACCAGAUCCACCCCAACCUAUCUAUUUUGAGAAUCCAAUUUCAAUUGGAAAUUUCUAUGCUUUUCAAAAAGGAAUUGUGAUUUCUGCAUCAGCCGGGAGCAGUUUUUUCACAAGUACUGCAACUAAUAUUGCUCCUUGGAUCCUAACUGUUGCAGCAAGCUUCAUGGACCGUGAAAUUCAGACUAAUAUCUAA